CUGAUUCUUCACUCACUCACUCUCACUCACCAGUCACCACCAUCUUUGUCAUUUCUUUUGGGUCCAUUUCUUUGUCAAUAUAUUCACAAUAAAUUCUCCUUAAUUUCCACCACAUCACACACCACCACUCAAAUUUCAAAUAAAACAAUAAAUAUUCUACCAGUAUUUACAUUUCCAUAUUUUUCUCUUUCAUUAAAAAAUGUGGGUAUCUCUGUGAUCCCAACUUCCAAAAUCAUCAUCAUGAAUCAAAGAGAGUGGGUAAGAUUCAAAAUCUGUGUAAGGGAAUUCAUGAUUGGGGUUUCAGAGUUAUCAGUUGAGUUUGCCAAAGGUUGCAGAGACAUAGUGAAACAAAGCUUAGUCAAUGAAGAUUCCUUAAUUGUAAGAAAAUUUGGAAAAAGUUCUUACAUUGGGAAGAGAGUAAGAGAUUCAUGUAACAAGAUUUUCGAAAAAUUGAGUUUUUUUAAUCAGUAUUUGCCUGAAGAUAAAGACCCACUUCAUGCUUGGUCUGUUAUAUUGUUGGUUUCUUUACUUGCUUUCUCAGCUUUGUAUGUAAAUUUUGAGCAUGAUCCAUCUGCCCCACUUGUGAAACAAGUAUUUUUGCAUCCUGCUAAUGCUACCCGCAUUGUACUUCCCGAUGGAAGAUACAUCGCAUAUAAGGAGCAAGGUGUUUCGGCUGACAGAGCUAGAUUUUCAAUUAUUGCUCCUCAUACUUUUCUUUCCUCAAGGCUUGCAGGAAUUCCUGGAGUUAAAGAUUCACUGCUGGAAGAGUUCGGCAUUCACUUGCUCACUUAUGAUCUGCCUGGUUUUGGUGAGAGUGAUCCUCAUCCCAAGCGAAAUCUGGAAUCCUCAGCAAUAGAUAUAUCGGUUUUAGCCGAUGCUCUUGGUGUUGACAAGUUUUGGGUUAUUGGUUACUCUAGUGGAAGCAAGCAUGCUUGGGCUGCACUUAGAUACAUACCUGAUAGACUUGCAGGUGCUGCCAUGUUUGCCCCCAUGGUGAAUCCAUAUGAUCCUUUGAUGACAAACGAAGAGAGACGAAGAACAUGGAACAAAUGGACGCGAAAAAGAAAAUUGAUGUACUUCUUAGCUCGAAGGUUUCCUAGACUUCUUUCUUUCUUCUACCAGCGAAGUUUCUUGUCAGGGAAGCAUGGUCAGAUUGAUCGGUGGCUGUCUUUAUCUCUUGGAAGUAGGGAUAAAGCACUACUGGAAGAUCCAAUCUAUGAGGAAUUCUGGCAAAGGGAUGUGGAAGAAUCGAUCAGGCAAGGAAAUGUGAAACCCUUUGUGGAGGAAGCUGCUUUGCAGGUAUCAAAUUGGGGUUUCAGCCUUUUAGACCUCAAGUUGCAGAAACGAAAGCUCAAUAGGAGUGUGCUUAAUUGGCUUAAGGCAAUGUUCACUGAAACUCAGGAGUAUACGGGCUUUCUCGGUCCAAUACAUAUAUGGCAUGGAAUGGAUGAUAAAGUGGUUCCACCAUCAAUGACUGAUUUUGUGCAUCGCAUACUACCUGGAGCAGCAGUACACAAACUCCCAUAUGAAGGCCAUUUCACCUAUAUCUACUUUUGUCAUGAAUGCCAUAGACAGAUAUUUACUACACUUUUCGGAACCCCGCAAGGCCCUCUCAUCCUUGAGGUUUCUUUAGUAGUAGAUCCAAAUACCCUAGAAGCCAAUGUUGAACAGAAAGUAGUAGCAAGUAGUGGUGAUAGUGCCACAAAUUAAAAAUACACAAAAGGAUACAUUGCUAUUUGUUUUUUUCUGUUUUUUCGGCCAACAUCAUCGCAAUUGUAUGAUGUGUAUAUACAUAUAGUUGAGCUUCAUCUCCAACGGAGCAGCAUAGGAAAGAAAAUAAAUCAGUGUUUUUGCCCGUUUUUGGGCUGUUGAACCGGUCUGUCUUUCAAAAAUGUAUUUUGAGUGAUGUGUUGCGCAAUAACUGCAACAACUCCAUUACCUCCACCUUCCUCCUAAACAAAAAUCAAAAUUUGCUUUUGAUAGUAGUCUGAUACUUUUCUUUGAUUAAAUGAUAGUAGUAUGAUUUUGUUUCUUUUUA